AUGGCGCCUCGACUAGCCCAUCAACAGGCACGGGAACUUGGUGCGCGAGAUCUCACCACGCGGGAGCAAUACAACAACCCGGGAACCCCAGCCCCGAUCGCUGGGUUUACCGCUCCGGUAGCAAUAGAUGCAACAUUCCCCAAGCCUCAAGCGACGGCAACUAUCCCGCCCCUCGAGAAGAUGGCGUCGCUAGGGACCCUCGAGUAUGCGGACGGGGGAGGAACCCACGUUCGACCCGAAAUCCACGCAGUCGUCGCCGAGAACGACGACCACAGCAUCGAACUCGUGCAGCACACUCCCAAGAGAGACAAGGGCCCCAUCGCUAAGCCAGAGAAGGUCCGACUAGCACCGAAAACCCCACAGUUACCCGGACGCCAGCUGGGCCUUUAUAGUAGCCUUGGGGAUCCUAGCAUGGGGAGCCCCGCGAUGUACGGCCAAAACUACGCCGCGGCUUCCUGCGGAUCGCAGGGCGCAGUAACAUUUCAGACCGAGCACACAUUCGAGCGUAUCCAAUUCAAGCAGGCCACUGCGAAUAAUGGCAAGAGAAGGGCCGCGCAGCAAUAUUACCACCUGGUCGUCGAGCUCUGGGCCGACAUUGGAACCCAGGGUGACAUGGGGCGCCGGGCUGACGUGGGACACCGAGGCGGCGACCAGUUUAUUCGUGUGGCUUAUCGUCGGUCGGCAAAGAUGAUUGUGCGGGGGCCGAAGACCAUUGAGGUAACGAAGGGUUACCAGUAUUACCCCGGGACCACCUAUGAAGCCCAGCAAGACCACCGAGGGGGUGUCGAUACCUUUACGCAUCAGCGACCGGACCACAGCUCCUCGGCAUUCGAAGUCAAGACCAAGACUGAGUAUGACACCGGCAACAGCCCUCUCCCGAGUCUAUUCCACCCCGGGCCCUUGGCAAUGAACCGAAGAUGUGGCCCUUUUGAAGGCAAGCCUCGAUCUGAUGGGUACUACCCUUCAAUGGUCCCGCCAUCAGGAAUCAACAUCGCGAACAUUACUUGA